GUAUAGAAACCAGGAAAUGAGAAAAUUGGUUUAAAAUAAAUAACCUCCAUCCUCUGCAACUCAUGAUACCCAAAAUUCAUCCUCUGCACGAAACCCUACCCAUCCAUUUUUUCUCCACCGACCUUCAACCUUCAAUCUCUCUCUCAAUUACUGCCGUUCAACCCCUACGCGUUUCAUCAGUUGGCCCCAUCUAUGGAUGCUACAGACACCAAUAAGGAAGAAUCAAGGAUUGGAAUUACGGCAAACGACGACGCCAUGAGGACCGGGCAGAUAACUCCCCCUCUAUUUCCAUCAGUACCAGCUUUAAAUGGAGCGGCAUCUUAUUUUGCUGAGACAACCUCAUAUCUGACUAGUUGUUUCCCCGUCAAUUCUGACAUUGCUCCUACAAGUUAUGACGGAACUGAAGUUGUAGGCAUAAAAGAACUUAAAGAACCUUUGUUGAGUAGUAAUGCGCCCCCUAGUCAUGAUGUAAUAACAAGGAACUCAGAUCGUCCUCAAAAUAAUAUUGCAAUCGUUCCAUCUGACCAGACCAGUCAAAGUGGGAUUUCCAUGUUUCAAGGCCUUAUCGAGCGGGUUCGAAAGACAGUUCAUGGGUCAUCUGAUGACAUUGGGUGGCUUCAACGUGCUCCAGGGAUGCCUCCUAUUGAAGACGGGACAGAACGAUUUAAUAAUAUUCUCGACAAUAUUAUGCACGGUAUACAUGUGUUGCCAAAUUCAAUGGUUUAUCUCUUGGUUCCAGGUCUUUUUAGCAAUCAUGGGCCGCUCUAUUUUACUAGUACAAAGGCAACUUUCUCAAAAAUGGGAUUGACGUGUCACAUUGCAAAGAUUCAUAGCGAGGCAUCAGUUGAAAAGAACGCACGGGAAAUUAAAGAGUACAUUGAAGAGGUUUAUUGGGGUUCCAAGAAGCGUGUUUUGCUUCUGGGUCAUAGUAAAGGGGGAGUAGACGCAGCUGCUGCUUUAUCAAUGUAUUGGCCGGAUCUGAGAGAUAAAGUUGCCGGUCUGGCUUUAGCUCAGAGCCCGUAUGGUGGUAGCCCGAUUGCUUCCGAUAUUAUGAGAGAAGGUCAGAUAGGGGACUAUUUUAACGUCCGGAAACUUAUGGAAAUCUUGAUCUGUAAAGUGAUAAAGGGUGACUUGCAAGCACUGGAAGAUUUGACGUAUGAGAAACGCAAGGAAUUCUUGAGGAAGCACCAGUUGCCAAAGGAGCUCCCAGUUGUGUCGUUUCAUACAGAAGCAAACAUAUCUCCGGCUGUUCUGGCAACACUUUCUCGUGUUGCACAUGCAGAGCUACCUGCAUUUACAAACUCAGCCGCCACUGUGCUGCCUGUUGUAGUUCCUCUUGGAGCCACACUGGCGGCCUGUGCUCAGCUGUUACAAACUAGAUAUGGUGAGAAGAGUGACGGGCUGGUUACAUGCCGCGAUGCGGAGGUGCCUGGGUCGGUGGUGGUGCACCCGAAACGCAAGCUGGACCAUGCUUGGAUGGUUUACUCUUCAACAAACGAUGACCCUUUGGAGCCAGAUGCUUCGCAGGUGUGUGAGGCUCUGCUAACUCUGGUCGUGGAAGUUGGACUGAGGAACAAGCAUUAUCUGAGUGUCAAACAGGAAUGAUGUAUCCACCCUGUUUGAAUGAUUAUCACAUGUAAAUGGACGCAAACAAUUUUUUCUAAUCAAUUUGUUUUUAAAGCCAUGAAAGGGUGAUUAGCCGUCUGAUCAUGCAUGACCCUCAACACACUCACUCGAUCCAGAAAACAUAUGUAUCUGACUUUACACAUUUUAUUAACGUAUGUGUUAAAGUUA